AUGCCAGGUGAAAUCGUUAGUGUUCCUUUUUCUUCUCAGAUUGAGGAUGUCGACAAGUAUUUGCUGGAUUAUAGGAACUUAAAGUCAGUCCCUCAGCAUAAUUCAUCCUCAUCAGACGGUGCCAAUUCUUUUGAUAAUCAAUUUCAAACAAGAUAUGGUAGCAAUAACUACAUUAAUAAACGAGUAGAUAUGUUCUCUGAAGGAAAUGCAUAUUAUAACAGGGUAGGUAAUCGGGGAUACUUAAACAGUAAUUCCAAUAACUAUAACAGGAAGAAAAAUAUGAACCGUAGCUACAAUUCUAGAACAGAGACCUUAAAUCAAGAGCAUUUUGAUCAGAAUAAUCACGAGUCACCACAGCAGGAUUUGGUUGGCUUGAACUUUUACUCUCAAAAUCCCGCAGUUGCUGCACAUCUGAAGCAAACAUACCCUCAAUUGUUUCAAAAUAUCAACAUUAAAAGCAGUAAUUCUGUUUCAUCCAUAGAUAUCAAAAGGGAUAACACGUUAGAAUCCAUUUAUGGAAUAUCUAAUCACCAAAUUUAUUCAAAUGCAAGAGAUUACAAGAAGCCUCCCGUUUUCAAUUCUCAGUCGUCAAUGAAUGCAACACAAGCAAUGCCAUUCAAUCAAAAUAAUCUAGAUUUCUUAAUGUCCAACGAUACCUCUUUUGCCAAUUCUACAGCUGGUUUUAAAUACGAUUUCAAAUCAAAUAUUGGCUCACUGAAUUCCUCAGGGAUUUUCAAUUCCCCAUUUCAACCAUAUUUGAAUAGUAAUAUGCUGUCAUCAGUUUCUACCACAUCGACGGACACGAUCUCUUCUGCCGUAAGUCCAAAUCUUCUUAAUGACGUUUCAAAUAUUCAAAUGCCCGUACACUCAACUGGUAGUACAGCAUCUUUAGAUUUCAAGGAUCAUACUGACAAUAGUAUAAAUAAGAACAACAACAUGAGUAUUACUCAAGUUUCAUCUAAGCAUAAUGGUGAAGUUCCGUCUUUAGAUUGCGGCUCAAAUAAUGACAAUAGUUCUACAACAAAUGGUAGAAGACCAUUCGGCAUUUGGAAUAAUGAUAUGAGUGUCUGGAGCUAA